CAAAUAAGUUUAUUGACAUGACUUGCUGAGUUCAUUUUCUAACCAUGGCAUGAGAUUGUUGUUGAAUGCCUUACCCCACAUUCGAUUCUUGAAUAUCGAUAUCCUUUGCUCUGUUACUGACUAGGAAGGAAGUAGGCUGUUCGGCUUCUUUCUUACGACGGGUUUGCCGUAGUAGUUCAUACUCCGAGUUAGCGUCUAUGUGUAUUUGGUUCAGAUGUUUGUUAUUCAUUGAAGAGUCAGGUCGAAGUAUUCAGUGAUCGGCCUUAGGGCCACUGUAGUCAGUCAUGUCUGCACAACAGGAUGGAGGCGGUAGCUCUGAAUCCCUUAGUAUCGAGGAGACCAACAAACUUCGUGCCAAACUUGGAUUGAAGCCACUAGAAGUUGAGGACUCUUCAGGGAAAGAGUCGACGAGCGAACGCAAAGAUGUUCACCGGCCUGCUAAGAACAUUCUCGAUGAGGCGCACACAAAGAAGAUCAAGGCGAAGAUGGAAAGGGUGCGGAUGAUGCGAGAGACACACAAAACGUUAAGUUCAGUGAAAACAUUGGGUUCCAGGGACGACGAAGAUGACGAUAUCACGUCUUGGCUGACGAAAUCGCGCAAAUUGGACAAGGAGCGGCUGAAAGCAGAGAGAAGGCAACGCGAGCUUGAUGCUAUGGAUGAAGAUUUUGGUGUUAGUGCCAUGCUUGAUGAAGAGAUGAGUCAGAAGGACAAAAAACGGAAAGGCAAAGGAAAUGAGAGCUACUCUUCGAAGCACCUCGGGGGACUGAAGGUCGAGCACGACGAAGGUGCAUUCAUGGAUGGAACAACCACAGUUCUAACCCUCAAAGACCAAGAUGUUUUAGAGGACGGUGAUGACAUCUUGGUCAAUGUCAACUUGCUAGAUCUUGAGCGGGCAAAAAAGAACCAAGAGAACAAAAAACGAAAGCCAGAAUAUAGACCUUGGGAGGAGGAAGAGCUGGAUGAAGAUGGCAUGCCCAUUAACAAAGCAGUACUUUCGAAGUACGAUGAGGAGAUUGAGGGAAAAGAAAAGAAAUCCUUCACACUAAACACCAGCGGUGCAGCAGACCUGUCUGAUAAGAUGAUGAUGGACAUGAUCAAGAAGGACAUGCAGGCGCGAGCGCAAACUCUGGAUUACUCAAAGGGUGAGUUAGCACGAGAGUACUACACUAGUGAGGAGAUGACAGCGUUCAAGAAGCCGAAGAAGAAGAGGAAAAUGAUGAAGAAGAAAAUGCUCAAGGCUGAUGACCUGCUACGAAUAGAUCCAGACGAAUCCGAGGCACCACCACAGCCUCCCAAGGACCGGCGCUCUUCUCGAAGGGAGGCACCGCCUUCGAUCAAGAAAGAACCUGUGCGGGAAACGGCGGAGGAGUUGAAGCUGUCAGAUGAAGAGGAUGACGAUUCAGAGUUACGCAUUGCGCUCGCAAGGACGCGGCGUUUGCGACAAAUGGAGAGACGCAGAUCCCCUUCGCCUGUCCAGGAUGCCCAGGUCAAGAUGGAGGAUAGCAGUGAUGAGGAAGAAAAGAGCGUCUCCUUUGCUGGUGCCAUUAUAAGUACAACAUCUGAGUUCUGUCGCACUGUCGGCGCUGAAGACGCUUCUCCCACCCAUCGGCCAAGUCACUCCGUUUCUAUGGAAGAAAGCGAUGAUGAUAAUGAUGAUAUGGAUAUCGAAGAACCGGAGGAAGGUGCACCAGGUACAGCUGGUUGGAGUCAAGUGGACCCGCGACAAAAAAAGAAGGACAAGAUUGAAGUAAAGCUUGAACAUGUUGAUAUUUUGGAGGCUGAGCCGAUCGUGUCCAGCAGUUUAGCGGCCACUCUGCAGAUGGCCGAUCAGAAAGGUUUCCUCGAGCAGCAGAAGUCUAAAGAUGAGCUGCGCAAGGGCGUAAGCCUCCAGCUCGUAGGGAGCGCAGCAGAAAUGGAUGCCAAGGCCCGCGACAGAGCCGGGGAGCUGAGAGAUAGGGAGCGAGAGAGAGAGCGGAGGGAGCGAGACAGGGAGCAUGAUCGUGAUAGGCACUAUGACCGAGAUCGAGAAAGGAAUCCUCUGGAGAAACCCGGUUAUAAGCCAAAAGUCAAACUGGAGUACUCUGAUAACAGUGGUCGUCUCCUUGACGAGAAGGAGGCAUUCCGCCAGCUCUCUUGGAGGUUCCAUGGCAAGACGUCUGGCAAGGCAAAGACUGAGAAAAGGAGGAAGAAACUGGACGAGGAAAAGAAAAUGUUGAAGAUGAGCUCGACUGAUACACCGCUUGCGACCCGAGCUCUUCUCGAGGACAAGCUGAAGGAAACCAGCUCGCCGUUCCUGGUUCUCAGUGGCAGUGCGCAGCGCUCCUUGACUGCGAACACCAUAACGAAAACCUAACUUCAAACUGUGAAUAUUGCGUAUUGCGUUGCACAGCUGGCUGUGCUUCACUUUAUCAUCAUUGUAUAUAGAUACUGCAGCAGUCAUGUCUGCCAUUUACCUGUUGUACAUAAUGUUCUCCUUUCUUCUCCAUGUCAUCAAAUAGUUCAUAACCAAGAGUGUGUAGCUGUA